UUCACAGGCAGAAAAUACACAGGCUAGCCAGGAAAAUGUCCGCAGUGGAAUUGUUACGCCUUCUGCUGAGGAGAAAAAGCCUGAAACCUCAAAGGUGAUGAGGCUGAGGAGGAGGAAAAUGAAGACUGUGGUACCAGAGGAAAGGGAAUCUCUGCAUGAUGUGCUGCUAAUAAAUGCUGAUGAAAUGGUGAAAAAUCAAACUGCCAAUGAAAAGGAACUUAGAUCACCAGUGUUCAGACGAAGCAGUUUCUCAAAUGCAGAGGAGAAUGCUCACAGAGCAUCCGAAUCAGCCUUUGUGAGGAGAGAAGGAAAAAGUUUAGCGCCUUUGGAUGUAGAGUUAGGAGUUGUACAGGAAACACUUGACGACAGUAACCCUGUAAGAGUGCCUGAGCUAUUUUCACAUGCUUUGAGGGACAGCAAUGAUGUCCAGCAGCCUGGGCCCCCAAGUGCUCUGGCCAUGUGUGAUAACUGUGAGCCUGUGCAGCUGUGUUUAGAAAACAGUGAAUCUAUUUUACCUGACAGCAGUGAUGAUGGAGAAAAAGAACCUUCCAAAACAAAAAAACAAGCAGUCAACGAGAGUAUGUAUGAAGAUCAGGGAGAAUUAUGUAAAUUCUUGGAUUUAAUGUCACAGAAAGAAGUAUUGCCCUCUGACAGAAAUAGCACUGUAAUUAAUGAGAGUGAAAGACCUGAAGGAAAUCAGAAGGACACCAAUGGUUUAAACUGCUUUCCUACAGAUACUCUUACAUGCAAUGUUGAAAAACUGUUGGAGACUCAAGAGAUUGAAACUGAGUCAAGACUUUCUCACUUAGAGAAGAUGACAACUCCUGAAACUGAAAGUGCUUUGAACUCUUGCACAGUUGUUGAGGGACUUCUAUUUCCAGUUGAAUACUAUGUCAGGACAACUCGCCGUAUGUCUAAUUGCCAGAGGAAAGUAGACCUAGAUGCAGUAAUUCUCAGCCAGCUAGGUAGGAGCAAGAAAGGUCUGCGAAAUAAAUGCAAGCAGAAAGAUGCAAAUUCAGAUCUGCCCUCCCAAGAAGCAGUUGAAAAUGAUGAGGAGUCAGGGGUCGUGCCUCUCGCUUUUCUGGGUGCAGAAAACGAUCCAGUGAAUUCACGUAGUCCUCAACAAUCUCUUCCUCCAUCUAACAGUAGCAGCACUUCGCUUGGAUCCAUCUCUCAGAGCAGUAUUGCUAGCACAAAGCGUGAUCAGAGACAGUCACAGAGGAAACAAAAGGGAAGAAGAAAGUCUACAAGCAAACCCACUGUGAAUCGAGCAUCACGGGAACAUCUAAUGGACUUGGAUCUCAUAACAUCCAAAGAAAGCAGUAGUGUCUUAUCAAAUGACCGUCAGAGCAAAAAGGAAAACUCCAAGGGUGAGAGCAAAAGAGGACAGAGCCAUCAAAUGAAUUCAGAGGAUCCAGCUUCUCUUAGUCUCCCUGCUAUGGACCCUGAUACUGCAGACUCUCUCUUCAGCUUCCGCAGUCUCCAGUGGCUACCCUUCAGACUGGGUAUCAAGGACUUUCACUUACCUGAUGAGGAGUUUGGGCUACUAAAACUUGAGAAAUUUAAAUCUUCCCCUGUGAAUGACUUGGAGGUUUUUGUUCCUAGCACGUCUGGAGAUGGUGUGGCUUCAGAGCACACACAGGAUCCGCAAAUGAAUGCAGAAAAGAAAAGGCAUGAAAGCAAUUUAAUUUCGCCUUGCAAAAAUGCAUUGUCCAAGUUACCUCAUUUAGAAAGCCCAGCUUCCAAGAAGGGACUUUGCACAAGGGAAUUGCUCUUUACUCCUAUGGAGACUGUCUUAGCUGGUGUUCCCAGUCAGCCUGAGUCUCAGAUUUCCUCAUCUGUUUUCCCUGUCUUGGGUGCAACCCCUGCUGUCUUACCAUCAGUAGACAAUAAUGUCUUUUCCAACACACUGUCUGUGCUUCCCUUGCAAGUAAACAUUCAUUCCUCCAAAGGAGCAUCUGGCCAGGUUGUGGGUCAUAGGGAAUGUAGAGACUCUGCCAUUCCACUGGACUCGGACAGCUGUGGUGCAGAAUCUACUAGAAAAGAGGAGGGACAGUGUGCAAUGUUUCUUUUAGAAGCUGAAAGAGACCCUAAUCAUAAAUCUGAUGAGAUGAUGGCCUUAAAGAAGCAUGAGCAAUCAGAGAGCAAUCUGCAGAGAUCCUGCAGAGCAUCUGUUCAACAGGAAAAAACUGUCGCAGAACAGUUGGCUGUGGUACUGCUUGAUGGCCUGAGAGAAGAGAGCUUGCAGCUUGAAUCAAAGUUAAAGGAUUCCUCACGCUCUUGUGCUGUGGAUGUAAGUACCAUGUGGUGGGAAGCAGCUGGCUGCAGAGAGCUCUGUGUUGUGACAGCCAGUGAGAACUCUGUUUCCCUGUGGAAACUUCUGGCGCCUGGCCACUGGGGAAAGGUUUAUACUUGGCAACAUGGAGAGAUUCCAGUAAUACAGAUUAUUCCUCUGCCAGACACCUGUAAUCUCGUGUGUGUAGCACUGGGAGAUUUGGAGAUUGGCGAAAUAAGGCUCUUGCUUUAUUCUUCUGAGAAUGACUCAUUCAAGCAAUCACUAGUAAAAACUGGAAAUAUAAAAGCUGUUCUUGGGCUAAAGGAUCGGAGGUUGGUCAUCAGCAGCAAAACUCUUCAAGAGCAGCAAGUGGAGAUAAUAUCAUUUUCGGAGACAGGAAGGAACAAGGAGGGACAGACUUUGAUGCCCCCUGAAGAAACUGUUCUAGCUUUUGCUGAAGUGGAAGGAAUGAGAGAUGCUUUGGUUGGCACCACUGCAGUGAACAGCAUUGUUGUUUGGAAUUUGAAAACAGGCCAGCUCCUGAAAAAAAUGCACGUUGGUUAUUCCUACCCAUCUUCAAUCUGCCAUCGAGCAUAUUCUGACUCUGGCCUUUUGUUUGUUGUUUUAAGUCAUCCACAUGCCAAAGAGAGUGAGCUCUGUGGAAACCCUGCAUUCCGCGUGAUAGCAUUCAAUCCCAAAACAGCCAGGAGCACUGGAGUGAUUUUCUCCUCCCUCCCACCUGGACAUGCUGGAAGGUACCUGGAAGGUGAAGUGAAGGAUGUUUCUGCUGCAGCUGUACUAACCUCAGGAACCAUUGCGGUGUGGGAUCUGCUUCUAGGGCAGUGCACAGCUCUACUCCCACCCAAUUCGAAUGGGAGCUGGUCGCUGGUCCGAUGGUCUGUUACAAGUGCUUGUCUGCUGGCUGGACAGAAAGACGGAAGUGUUUACCUGUAUCAUUAUUCACAGCCUAAGGCAGAAAAGACUUGAGAGAAGGCUUGGAGAGGUGUCAAGAGAAGGGUUUGCACUGAUAAAACUAGAGUAAGGUAGAAUUUCUGGCUCAUGGGAGAGCUGGUUCCCUUCUCCCAGGUUGGUUGGGGGGUUCACUGUGACCGCGCGGGAGCCCUGCAGCCGGCCCUGCGCGCCGCUGGCUUUGCUUCACGACCGCGGACGCGUCGGUUCUGUGCUGCCGGCAGCGCCAGCGGCCAGCCCAGCCUGCACCUCUUAUACGUGGGGCCUGUGCGGGCUGUGCGGCCGGGCACCGCGCCGUCCCUGGAGCGUGUGCGAUGCCAUUAAACUUCGUUUUUUUGAUAA